AUGGCUGACGAGGGUAUCUCAAACCACUAUCAGGUUCUGGAGGAGCUUGGCCGUGGCAGCUUCGGUGUUGUCUACAAGGGCAUUGAAAGAGCAACAGGUGAAACGGUUGCAAUCAAACAUAUCGACCUAGAAUCGAGCGAGGAUGACAUCCAGGAAAUUCAACAAGAGAUCUCUGUACUCAGCACAUGCGCAAGCCCCUUCGUCACCCAAUACAAAGCAAGCUUCCUUAGGGGACACAAGCUAUGGAUUGUGAUGGAAUACCUGGGCGGCGGCUCUUGCCUCGACCUCCUCAAGCCUGCCAAUUUUGCCGAAGGCCAUAUCUCCAUCAUAUGUCGCGAGCUUCUCCGGGGCCUGGAAUACCUUCAUGCCGAGGGCAAGAUCCAUCGAGACAUCAAGGCUGCCAACGUCCUUCUGUCUGAGAAUGGCAAAGUCAAGUUGGCGGACUUCGGUGUUGCUGCACAAUUGACCAACAUCAAAUCCCAGCGUAACACUUUCGUCGGAACCCCCUUCUGGAUGGCCCCUGAGGUCAUUCAACAGGCCGGGUAUGACUUCAAGGCAGAUAUCUGGUCACUGGGCAUCACAGCCAUGGAGUUAGCUAACGGCGAGCCUCCCCUGGCCAACAUCCACCCGAUGAAGGUCCUAUUCCAUAUUCCAAAGAAUCCGCCUCCUAGACUAGAAGGGCAAUUCAGCAGGGAUUUCAAGGAUUUCAUCUCGCAGUGCUUGGUGAAAGAUGCCGAUCGACGACCAUCAGCCAAGGACCUCCUAAAGCACCGUUUCGUACGAUCAGCUGGCAAGGUGGAGGCUCUUCAAGAACUUAUUGAGCGCAAGCGUGCUUACGAUGUUAACCUGACCCGCAAGAUGCACCCAGUGUUUUACCAGGAAACCCUUCAUACAAUCUCACCUAAGGACGAGUUCGACGAAUGGCCACCAGAGCCUUUCUUGCCUGCCGAGGCUUCUAGCAAAGAGGGCAUACUUGGCCAUCGGCUGUAUUCUAGGGCGCUCGAUCCCGCUCUGGCAGAACUUCAUGCGCAGACCUCGGAUAUGAGAAAGCGAGAGGCUCUAGCUAAGCUGUCUGAUGCUUUCAGUCUUUUAGACUCUGUAGAUCCCGAAGGAGCAUACCACUUCAUGCGCAACCUAGUGUCAGUGGUGUCGCAGGACGGAAAGCUGAGCAAUGCUUUCCUACAGCAGCCUGCCUCGAAGACACCGUUAGAUGAUAGUACGCCGCAAGGAACUGUGAUCAUUAAGAGUCAGCAGCCGACCCCGGCGGCGCCGCUCAGCCCGACGAAGCUGGUUCUCAGCCAGGCUAAUCCCCAUCUGAAGAGCCAUCGUAGACGACAAGGCAGCCUGGCACCUGAUUUCUCCCCAGAGAAGAUGGACAAAUCCGAGAAGGAAAAACUGAGAGAUAUGGAGAAGGCAGCUCUCGAGGCCAAGUUUCCCGGCCGCGAAGCACAGCCUGGGAUGGAGCACAUCAAGCAGCUGUCUGAGGUCCUGUAUGGACGCUGGGUGAACGGACUGCAGCUUCGAUGGCCCGCGAUUGCGGGCAAUUAA